AGAGAGGAGGAAGGAAUCAAGGAGAAGAAAAAAAGGACAAGACACGUUUAUUGCAAGAUGCAAAUAUCCUAAGAUGACAGCAAUGGGUUAGAAAGGAUUUAACAUGAUUUCAUAAUAAAAAGGCAAACAGCUGAUUUUAUAUUUUUCUGCAUGUGCAUCAAUGGAUGGAGAGACAGAAUUAUGAGUGGAAUACUAGCAGCCGGUGGGACUGAUUGCAAUUUCUACGCCACCCAGAGGGUUUUUUUAUUCGUUUGUUCUUCCCUUUUAAAGUCUCUGAGUCAGGAAUCGGGGUGUUUUGAGGAUCCAUUGUGUGAAUCUUGCAGUCCAGCUGGCUUUUGGCCGUUGUCCUCCCAGUUGCUGAUGAUUACAAAAGAUGUCUUCUCCUGUAUAGUAUUGAUGUGACCCAAAGGAGGCUUUAAUCAUUUAUCUUGCCUCCUUCUUUUGUGAAAGACACGGCGAGUUUGGGGGGGUUAGUUUUUAUUGAGAAUUGUAUAUCUUCUUUUAUUCAAAGUCCCCGUUGCGUUGCCUUUUUUUUGUUCACUUUUUUAUAUUAUAUAUAUAUUUUUAAAAAAUACUAAAGAUGUCUUCUCCAUACCAGUAUCGAAGUGUUUAAAUCCGCCACUCCUCCUUUUACCAAUCUAGUAACAGAGGAAUCGGAAUCUAUAACUUUUAGAUUUCGUUAUAUUAUAUAUAGUUUCCCUCAAUUAAGUCAGUUUGCUGCUGGUUGUUGAUCUUUUUAGCAAUUAUAUCUAAACAUGUCUGCUCCACUUGGGCCCCGGGGCGGCUCUGCACCUCCUCCCCCUGCUGUCCUGCCAGAGGUGCCGGACCUCAGCCACCUUACCGAGGAGGAGAGAAAGAUCAUUCUCGCCGUCAUGGACCGACAGAAACAAGAAGAAGAAAAGGAGCAAUCCAUGCUGAAGGUCAAAGAAGAAACAAAACCUCAGCCGCCACAGUGGUUUCCCUUUAGUGGGAUCACUGAGCUGGUAAAUAACGUUCUUCAGCCCCAGCAAAACCUGCUAAAUGAAAAGGAGCCUGAGACGAAAUUGCACCAGCAGUUUGAGAUGUACAAGGAUCAAGUGAAGAAGAUGGGUGAAGAAGCACCGGGGGCGCAGGAGCAGAAGGGGGAUGCCCCCACCUGUGGGAUCUGCCACAAAACCAAGUUUGCCGAUGGCUGCGGCCACCUCUGUUCAUAUUGCCAAACUAAAUUCUGUGCUCGUUGCGGAGGACGAGUGUCUCUACGGUCAAAUAAGGAAGACAAAGUGGUAAUGUGGGUAUGCAACUUGUGCCGAAAACAACAAGAAAUCCUCACAAAAUCAGGAGCCUGGUUCUACACCGUUGGUUCAAACACGCCCCAGCAGCUGGACCCCAGUGAACUCACAAGGGGGCCCCGGAACGAAGAAGCACCUCAGGAGAAGAAGGCAAAACUGCAGGAUCCACCCCAGUACCAGGGACCCUCAGGGGACAUUUCCACACCAGCGUCAGACAAAAACAGACCUCAAGGACUCGCACGGCAAGACUCGCUCAAAAACGGUUCUGGAGGGAAGCGCACGGGUCCAGGUGCAGGCGACGCUUUGAGUGCCAGGAAAAGAAGCCCAUCAGCAUCCAAGGACCCAAACCAAAAAUACGACCAAAGGGAGGAGAGGGGUGACCGUUCACAGUAUGCCCCAUCGGACAGUGGGAUGCCGAGGUCACCAUCAGACUACGAGGAGCGAGAGCAGCGAAGGCCACAGCGGAGUUCGCGGAUGUACGAGGAUGCGGAUGCAGCGCGGGGGGAGUACCGGGAACGACGUAGUCGCCGGCACUCGCAGGAGUACCCGCUAGAUGAGGACCUGGAUUGCCAGCUAAGCGAAUAUGAGAUGCAGCAGCGGCGGGAAGAGGAGUAUCAGGCCCGCUACCGCAGCGACCCCAAUCUGGCCCGCUACCCAGUCAAGCCCCAGCCCUACGAGGAGCAGAUGCGCAUGCAUGCCGAGGUGUCCCGUGCUCGGCAUGAGCGGCGGCACAGUGACGUCUCGCUGGCUUACACAGAGCUGGAUGAACCCCAAGUGUCCGUGACGCGAGGGGAACGCCAGUCUCGGCAGCGCUCCACCUCCGAGCGCCGGGCACCUAUGGAGAGCCAGCGCUCCUACUCCAUGGAGAGAACUCGAGAGGUUCAGGGCCCCCACGACCGGCAACGGACCUCCAAUCACAGCCCUCCUGCUCCCCACCGGAGCCCCGUGCUGGGUGAGCGGCAAGGGGACAUGCGGCGAGGGGGAGGGGGAGACCUUAUGCGUAUGCAGCAGCACCACUUGGAUCCCAGCUCGGCAGUGCGGAAGACCAAGCGCGAGAAGAUGGAGACCAUGUUGCGCAACGACUCGCUCAGCUCCGACCAGUCCGAGUCCAUCCGGCCACCGCCGCCAAAGCCACACAAAACGAAAAAGGGAGGCAAGAUGCGGCAGGUCUCGCUGAGCAGCUCUGAGGAGGAGCUGGCCACCACCCCAGAGUACACCAGCUGUGACGACGUAGAAAUAGAGAGUGAGUCAGUCAGUGAGAAAGGGGACAUGGAUGGCAACUGGUGGGACCAUGCGUCUUGGCAUAGCAGUGAGGCACCCCCAAUGUCUUUGCACCCUGUGACAUGGCAACCAUCCAAAGAUGGAGAUCGCCUAAUAGGGCGGAUUUUACUAAACAAGCGGCUGAAAGAUGGGAGUGUGCCAAGAGACUCUGGAGCAUUGCUUGGGCUGAAGGUUGUGGGUGGAAAGAUGACUGAAUCUGGUAGACUUUGUGCAUUUAUUACAAAAGUAAAGAAAGGAAGUCUAGCUGAUACGGUUGGCCACCUCCGACCAGGUGAUCAGGUAUUAGAAUGGAAUGGGAGGCAUUUACAAGGAGCUACUUUUAAGGAAGUUUACAAUAUAAUUCUGGAAUCUAAGCCAGAACCACAGGUGGAACUUGUAGUCUCAAGGCCCAUUGGAGAUAUUCCCCGGAUACCUGACAGCACACAUGCGCAACUGGAAUCAAGCUCGAGUUCUUUUGAGUCCCAGAAAAUGGAUCGGCCCUCUAUCUCAGUCACUUCUCCCAUGAGCCCUGGCAUGCUGCGGGAUGCUCCCCAGUACCUGUCUGGACAACUCUCAAGCCAAAGCCUUAGUAGAAGAUCAACGCCUUUUGUUCCUAGGGUUCAGAUAAAACUCUGGUAUGACAAGGUUGGUCACCAGCUAAUUGUCACAAUACUGGGAGCAAAAGACCUUCUUUCAAGGGAAGAUGGGAGACCAAGAAACCCUUAUGUUAAGAUUUACUUCCUCCCAGACAGAAGUGAUAAGAGCAAAAGAAGAACAAAAACAGUAAAGAAAACAUUAGAGCCCAAAUGGAACCAAACAUUUAUGUAUUCCCCGGUCCAUCGGCGGGAAUUCCGGGAGCGCAUGUUGGAGAUCACACUUUGGGACCAGGCACGGGUUCGAGAAGAAGAAAGUGAAUUUUUAGGAGAGAUUCUUAUAGAACUAGAGACAGCGUUGCUGGAUGAUGAGCCUCACUGGUACAAACUGCAGACGCACGACGUGUCCUCCAUGCCCCUUCCACACCCCUCACCGUACCUGCCACGCAGACAGCUGCAUGGGGAGAGUCCCACACGGCGAUUGCAAAAUAAAGGUCCAUAUUCAUACAACUCAGGAUCCCAGCGAAUCAGUGACAGUGAAAUAUCUGACUAUGACUGCGAUGAUGGAAUUGGAGUUGUGUCAGAUUACAGACACAAUGGCAGAGACAUCCAGAGCUCAACAUUAUCAGUUCCCGAGCAGGUGAUGUCAUCCAAUCACUGUUCACGCUCUGGGUCACCCAAACGAAGGGACAGUAUGGGCAGGACACGGGCACGGUCCCCAAGUGUCCCUCCUCUGCAGAGCCGGAGCUUGGACCAACCAUCUCGAGGUUCCCACUCGUCUCCGUCGCAGUACAACACAGUGAGCCGAAUGGAGAAGCAUCGCACGGACGACCCCUACUCCCCAGACAGCCAGUAUCUCACUCUACCUCGGUCCAGACACAGUCAGCCCAUUGAGCAUCAUCACAAGGAACCCAGCAACGACCAUAUCAUGUACCCCAUCUAUUGUGAAGAUGUAGUCAGGUUACUACGUUCCCAAAAGAUGUGCCGUACAUAUUCUGAGGGUGCUUACAAUGAUCUUGAGAGGAGGAUUAGGCAGAAAAGGAGAGUGCCUAAUCUGUAUGAUGACUCUUCCAAUUCCCAUGAAAGAUGGUACAAUGGCCCUAGUUCAAGGCCAAAUCAUGUAGUGAAUGGUACAUCUGAGGAAUUCAGGAAUUGCGAAGCCCUGGAUAGACAUGAAUAUACAAGGUCCAGAUCCGCAGAUCAGCGCCCAGUGCUCGAGCGGACAAGCUCCCGCUCCCGGUCCACCGAGCGCCCCGACUCUAACCUCAUGAGGUCGAUGCCAUCUUUAACAUCAGGAAGAUCUGCCCCUCCCUCACCUGCCUUAACGAGGUCGCACCCUCGUAGCGAAUCCGUCCAAACCAGCCCCACAAGUACCCCCUUGACUGGACGCAGAGGUCGACAGCUGCCACAGCUUCCACCAAAGGGGACACUAGAAAGAAAAGAGACGGAUUCGCCCAAGCAGAGGAACUCAGAGGGGAAUGAAGCAGAACCAGAGAAUGAGGAUGCAGGUGCUAUGGAUGUGGAGGAGAAAACUCGCCAAAUGAAACUGAAAAUGAACAAAUACAAACAGGUGGCAGGAUCAGACUCCAGGCUGGAACAGGACUCUCAAUCCAAGCUUCGGUCAGGACGGGAACCACAUAGAGGCUCUGACAACGUGUCCACUAAGUCUUCGGACAGUGACGUGAGCGACGUGUCCGCUGUGUCGAGGACCAGUAGUGCUUCUCGGUUCAGCAGCACGAGCUACAUGUCUGUCCAGUCCGAGCGCCCUAGAGGAAACAAGAAGAUCAGUGACUUUACGUCCAAAAUGAAAAACAGGCAGAUGGGAGCCCCGGGAAAGAACAUGACGAAAAGCACCAGCAUCGGCGGGGACAUGUACAGCCUGGAGAAGAACGACGGCAGCCAGUCCGACACUGCGGUGGGCACCGUGGGCACUGUGGGCAAGAAGAGGCGCUCCAGCAUAGGUGCCAAAAUGGUGGCGAUCGUGGGGCUCUCGCGAAAAAGCCGCAGUACCUCUCAACUCAGCCAAACAGAAGCUGGAGGGAAAAAACUGCGCAGUACCAUCCAGAGAAGUACGGAAACAGGCUUGGCAGUAGAAAUGAGAAAUCGGAUGACCCGGCAAGCAAGUCGAGAAUCAACCGAUGGAAGCAUGAACAGUUACAGCUCAGAGGGAAACCUCAUUUUCCCAGGUGUGCGAUUGUCAUCAGACAGUCAAUUUAGUGAUUUUCUAGAUGGCCUUGGUCCAGCUCAGCUAGUUGGGCGCCAGUCGCUGGCAACCCCUUCUAUGGGUGACAUCCAGAUAGGGAUGAUGGACAAAAAGGGACAGCUAGAGGUAGAAGUAAUCAGAGCCCGUGGCCUUGUUGGGAAGCCAGGUUCAAAGGCACUGCCAGCUCCCUAUGCUAAGGUAUAUUUACUGGACAAUGGAGCCUGUAUAGCCAAAAAGAAAACAAAAGUAGCAAGAAAAACUCUGGAUCCCCUCUACCAGCAGCAGCUGUCAUUUGAGGAAAGCCCAACAGGAAAAGUCCUACAAAUUAUUGUAUGGGGCGACUAUGGACGCAUGGACCAUAAAUCCUUUAUGGGCGCUGCACAGAUACUUUUAGAUGAGCUUGACCUGUCCAACAUGGUGAUUGGCUGGUUCAAGCUCUUCCCUCCUUCCUCACUGGUGGACCCAACCUUGGCACCUCUGACUAGAAGAGCUUCCCAGUCAUCACUUGACAGUUCAACUGGACCUUAUGCUCGCUCAUAGCAGCCUGGAAACAAAGUGUUGUCAUAGCAACCCGCAUCCAAGUUAACAGUCUUAACAGGUCACAAGCCCUGGUUACACUGCAUGCUUAAUGUUGUGUCUUCUGAGCCCGUUUCUAGGGAUGCAAAAGUGGUCCUUUGUUUUCAGAGAAAGUCGCACACAUUGUGCGCCAAGAAGGCCCUCGGGGGGUAAACAGGCAGAAGCUGUGAAGAACUUAUACACUUGGAGUUCAGUGACACUAGGUUUUCAUCCAAUCUGAAAUCAUGGAAAAAAAAAAACAGAGAACCAAUUGAUGAAUUCAAUAUAAGUCCUUUUUUAAAUGUCAUAUCUUUUUGUUGUUGCACCUGAUUGGGUCAUGUGAGUCUCCUGACCAGAAGCUUGGUUACACCACGCCAACAAAGCCAGCUAUGGAAGAAGCCUCUAAGGACAAUGACAGGGGGUUGGUAAAAUCUCUCCUGUUGCCCUGUACCUACUUUCUCAAGAUAUGCAUCAUAAUCUUAACAGCAAUUCUGUACCGAAAGACUAUUUUCAGAAUUAAUGGCAAUACAGACGUGGCACCCAUUGAAUCUCUAGAAUCUUUACACCAGAACCCAAAACAAGAUGAACUUUGUGAUCUAAUAUAGUAAUUUCUCUGUUAAUAUAUUGUAUGAAAUAAAAAAUAAAAAAAUAAAAUAAAAAAAAAAGAUUUUUUUUGCAUGGACACAAAUUUAGCUGAACUUUAAAAAGAAAAAUGAAAAAAAAAAACUAUUACAAAUUAUUUUCUUGAGGCUGCAACUUGCAAAAAAAAAAAUAAAAAUAAAAAUGGAUCAGCCAUUUUCAACAAUUUAUAUUAUUUUUAAAAAUAAAUUUCACUAGUGCAUGGUUUUCAAGGGGUAUGAAUGCAACAGCGUGAUAAAAAAGACACCAUGUUUAUCAUUCUUUAGCCCGUUUAUUAGUCUGUGUUUUUGCAGACCUCCUAUUAUAGAAAGCUAAAAAAUACUUUUUAGCAAAUAUUUAAAAAAAUAUCUGUUUAUGUGACAAAGAGAAGAUUAAAAUAAAUGUAAAGUAUUUAUUUCAUUGUAAAGGCAAAGGCCUUACAAAGAUAAACAUUAUGUACACAAAUUGUACACUUUUCUCUUUCCUUAGGGUGAUCAUUGUACUAUUCAAUGCCACCUUUGUCUUAUCCCCCGAUUAUGCCACAUAUUUGGUUUAGGGUUGCAGGUUAUUCUGCAUUUCUGGGUUCGUUAAGUAUGAUUUGUUAUUUUAUUUUUUUAUUUUUUGUUAAAUUUGUUUAUCAAGCAUGUUGGAAAGGUUUUUUUGUUUGUUUGUUUUGUUUUGUUUUUUGCAACAUGGCUUGGGCACACAUUAAAGUAGCAUGUAUUCGAUAAAGAAAAAGAUGGAUUUUUUGCAGUUUCUUGUACAGUGCAUGUAAUAAGUUACAUUUGACCUCACCUUGAAAUUGAAUUCUACAGCAAAUUAAUGACUGGACUCGAGUCUUGUGGCCACUGUAAAACAUUCCACCUCCCAGCAUCAUGGUUUUAUUUCACGAAAGUACAUUUUAUAUGUAAAACAGGAGCGUGUUCAGGACUGCAAUCAAUUGCAGAUAGAUUUUAUUUUAUUAUUGUUAUGAAGAAAAGUAAUAACAUAACAAUCCACAAACCCAAGAAAGUAGACCUUACAAGAGACAUUCUAAGAAAAACAGUAAAGGUUACAUAUGUAACUUUGUUUUGCUGUAAAGUUCAAUUUUACAAGCACUAUUUCUGAAUCUAUGAAAGAAUUGAAGGUGAUAUGCAAAGAUGAGAAUGUGCCGCACAAUAUACACUUUUAGUUGUUUGUUGUUUUUUGGGGGGGGGAAAUAAAGAUAAGAGAUUUCCUAUAUUUUUGUUUAUUUACAUGCCAAGGCCAAAAACUUUUUUUUUUUUUUUUUAAAGAAAGAUAAGGAAGAGAAACCUGAAGAGAACAAGGAGUUUUACUUUUUAUUAAACUUACUUUUCACCAUUAGGUGGUGCUGCGAGUCUAAUUUUUCUCUUUUAAUUUUGGAUGAAAGGUCAGUAAUAAUCGAUCUGUCAUUUCAUGAAAUAGAAUGCAAGACAUUAUUCCAUUUCAUGGACAGUUACGUGUUCUUUGGCAUGUAAAUGUAAUCUUUUUAUUUGAUUACUUUGUUCCUGUAUCAAAAUCGUCUUCAAACUUUCAUCUUUUAGCCCAUGUACGUACAAUUGAAACAGCUGCUUUAAAAAGAAUAAAACAAAUAAGUUGUUGAAAAGGAAUAAUGCCUCUGAAGAUUACAAAGUCAGGUAUUAUCUACCAUUUUAAAUGCCUUUUAUUUUUGUGAUGCAGUGUGUUCGACCCAAGGCUAUGUCUUGGUUAAGUGUGGUAGUAUAAACUUUUAUGUAAAAGAUUUUUGAAAAAAAUAAAAGAAUGAAAAAAACUGGAACCUAAACAUAAAGUACCAACAAAGUAAAACAAAUAUUAGAGCAUUAUCCCUUAAAUAUUUCAAAUUCUGUAAUCUUUUCAUACUGUUUAACUGUGAACUACAACUACAUUUACUCACGACUGGUUCUUUUGUGCAUACUGUUCCUAUAUAAUUUUUUUUUUUUCAUAUGCAUAGUAUGAAGAAAAGCAGAGUAUGGAAGAUGUGUACAUAUUUAUCAUUAUGCAGUAUUUAUUUAAAACAAUAUUUUUUAUUUUAUUUUUUUCACAUAAUGAUUUCUGAAAUUCUAUGAUUUAGUCGUGUUUAUGUCACUAUUCCAGUGAGCACAGCUGUUGUGUACAUAGUAGAAAAUAAGUAAAGGGAAAAAAUGAUUGGCCUGAACGUGACACCAACAUAAAAACAAAAUUAAUUCCGGUAAUGGUAUUUAACACUGAUAAUAAUAAAAAUAAUAAAAA